CGUCAUAUCAACUUGGUUCUGGGAACAAGCCUUGUAGAUAGAUGGAAUGCAAAUUAGUUGAAGACUUUCAACAUAAUACGUCUUUGCCACUGCCAACUGUACGUCAAAACUAUAGUUUGUAUUUACCGUUGUCUACUCGACCUGAUUCGACACCGAUGACAAGUUCUCUAAUCAGUGACCCAACAUCUGCGGUAACUGAUUCUAAACAGGACACUCCACAAAUUUCACACAACAGACGUGAAACACCGGAAGGAUUUACCAUGCCAAACAAUCCAGAAAUUAGCCCAAAUCAACUAAAUUUGACAAGUGAAUCAGAGACUUCAUUUUUGUCACUGGUUCCUAAUAAAUUAUUCGAUUUAACAACCCCAACAACCUCUCAAUAUAUGCCAGCAGUAAAUAGCAGUGUAAGAAACGCGAAAUCCUCUAUCGACUUUUUAGAGGAUAUGAAUAAUGAAAUUUUAAUGUUAAAUCAAUCAAAAUGCCACACUCCAAUGGUAUUCAUUUCAAAAAAAGCAUCACCAUAUCCAUUAAUGGAAAAAAUUAUUUCUUCUAGUCAAACUGUGGGAUCUUUUGACAGAAAUCAACAAGGAGAUAAUUACGCUCAAUUAGAUGUAAUUUCCGAUAACCAUGAUGUUUUAAAAUGGGAUUAUGCUGGAGAUAUAGCUUCGAAUCAUUUAGGUGUUCCAAGAAUUAUUUCACACUCUAGUCUAUCUUGUCAUCCUGUUAAUUAUGUUGAUUAUGGGAACUAUGAUGUCAAUAUGACAAUGACAUGGCCUUCUUCUAGCCCACAUAUUUCUCCAUCUUCUGGAUAUGGUUAUGCGGUUCGUAGAAAAUAUAACUUCAAUACAAGAAAUAAUUCUAACAGAAAUUGGAAUGAAUCAUCAAAGAUAAAAGGGUUUAAUGAAUUCUCUUCAAUGACAAUCAAUCAUGGUUCAUUUAUAUCUAGUCCAGAUCCUGAAGAUGAAAUACAUAAUUUAUCAUUAAAUAAUUCAACGAAUCAAAUUAAUCAUUUUAUUGAUCAUUAUCAAUCAUCAUUAAAUGAUUUCAAUAUUGAUUUAUUUGAUCAAGAUCAUAUCAAAUCGAAUAUAAAUACAAAUAGUAGUGAAUUUAGUUUAAAUGAUGAAAAUGAUAAUGAGAAUAUAGAAAAAUUCAAUUUUAAUAAAAGUCAAUCAGUCAUUGAAUUACAUCAUCAUAUUGAUAUGAUUAAAACAAGAACUGGAAAGUAUUUCAAUAAUAAUAAUAAUAAUAAUAAUAAUAAUAAUAAUAAUAAUAAUAAUAAUAAUCUAUUACAUAAUAUAGAUCAGAAUAGAAAUGGAUCAAAUACAAUGAUAUCGAUGAAUAAUGAUUGGUUUAUCAAUGAAUUCUCUAAAUCAUAUAAUCAAUCAAUCAAAACAUUGAAAUCAAUCAAUAUCAAUAAUCAAUUGAUUACCAAUGAUAUAAUGAAUAAUAAUAAUAAUAAUAGUGAUAUAAAGCAUGAUCAUAAUGAGCAGGAAACUUUGGCGAAUUCUUCAGUGCAUAGUAACUGUAGACUUGUGAACGAAUUAGAUGAAAAUAAUAAUAAUAAUGACGACGAAUUACAGUCACCUUUAGAGGAUAAUCAACAUGAUUUAUCUUCAUUACAAGCUACAUCUGCAUUGGAUACUAUAGAAACGGAUUCUUAUUUACACACAAAUAAUAAUAAACCUAAACAGGAAAUUUCCACAGUUCAACCGUCAACAUGUUCAAAAGACUUGUCUCAAUCACCUUUGAAUAAUUUUAAUGAACCAGAAGAAAUGUGCUAUAUUGUAGAUGGUGUACUUUCAUCAGCACAAGAUACAAAUAAUUACUCAGCUAUUACAACAGUAACACCAUUAAAUGAAAAUAUAUAUUAUCAAAAUGGUUUUGAUGCAGAAUCGGAAGGUUGUAGAAGUAGUGUUAUAAUGGAUGAAAAUUGUGAGAAAGAAAUUACCCCUAAUUAUUAUGAUGCCCAUAAUGAACUUGAUCAUUUAUUGAUUAAAAAUACUGAUAUAAAAAUCGAUGAAAUUUCCAAAUCAUUUGCACCAUCUAUUCAAAAUGAUAAAGUAUCAAUGAUAACAACAACACCAACAACAACAAACGGGAUAAGUAUUUGUAAAAGUACUCAGAAUGAUAUAUUAACUACUGAAUGUAAAUGGUUAUCUGAUAAUAUGAAUAUAACAUUAUCUAACGUUUAUCCUAAAAUCUUCUCUAAUGGAAUACAAUUAGUUACUCAAUAUACUACUCAUAAUUCACCAUAUAUACAUUAUACUGCUUCUAAAAUCAAUUCAAACAAUCUACCUGAAUAUAUACCUUCACAAUAUAGCAAUUUAUCUAUGACUGGAUGUCAUUCUAAUCAUGUAAUACAAAACAUACCAACCUGUGUCACUGUAUUCAGUCAGACUGACACAACUUCAAUGAAACAAGAACAUUGUCUUUCAUUUAGUUCUGUUGAAAAUAAAGUUCCCCGAAAUAAAUUUAAUGAAACUGAGAUAGUCAGUAGAGAGAAUACUGGUAUACAUAGAAUGUUCCAUAUACCUAAAACUUCUACGAGUCAAACGAUUGAUUUAUCUUCUUUGAAUGUGAAUAAACAGAGCAAAGAUUUAUCUUCAAUAUACCACCAUCAUCAUAUUAGAUCAACUGUUACAUCAUCAUGUAAUACAAGAAUUACUACUUGUCCAUUAUUAACUCAAAAUAUGAAAGUUCAACAUAAUGAAAAUAACAAGCCAAAUGAAUAUUUAACAUGUAAAAAUUAUUUAUCUAAAGAUGAUUUUGAAUCAAAUUCAAUUAUAUUAAGUCCUAUCUGUACUAGUCAACCUAUAAUAGAUUAUAAUGAUCCAAUAGUUCAAAAUGAUGUUAAUGUAUACAAAGUGAAUUGUGUUCCUACACAUUCAUGUAAUCAUUCAAAAGAUAAUGUUAAGAAGUUCGAUACUAAGUUAGUUCAGACCAUAGAUUUUGACGAUCAAAAUGAAUGUACAUGUUAUCACACUUAUAGAAUUCAACCAGGAAUAAAACAGUCGACAUUAAAUCCUGAAUGGAUUGAACAACUACUUACCUAUAAUACAAAACUUGACAAUAAUCAGAAAUCUUCUCAAGAAUAUAAGAAACAUAAAAUUACACAAUCUGUUUAUAUGACACCAAGAUCAACUCUUAUAGCUCAAUUGAGAUAUAUACUAUUAAAGCAAAAACUUAAAUUAUUACAUACACGAGAUGCUUAUUAUUUAAGAAAGCGUAUUGUAAAUCAUCUUGAAAAGUUUUUAGAUCAAAUAAUUUCAUCAAAUACAUUACCUUUAUCAAAUUCUGUACCGGAUGAUUGGGAUACAGAUACUGAGUCUUUAUUAUCGGAUUUAUUUGAAAAAGAUAACGAUCCUAUAUCGAAUGAGUUAAAUACUGGAAAUAGUCCAAAAUUAAAACCAUCAAAACAACAGUGUAACUUAUUAACUGAUGAACAUGGAGAAAAUGAACAAAUCAAUAAGAAAAUGUUAAACAAACAAUCAUCGUCUUCAUUUGAUAGAGAAAUGUGUAAUAGAAAUGUUCACUUUGAGGAAGCUCAAAAAAAUGUUCAACAGGCUGACAACACAAAUGAGAGUGAAUGUAAAGAUAAUGAUAAACAAUUCACUGAUAUUAAGAAACAAGCAGAGAAUCAAUUAAGUAAAAUGGUUAUGAAUGUACAUGUCAAUCAACCUAGUUUUCAACCUUCAGCUUUAUCAAUAUGUAAGAAUUUGAACGAAACUUUAUCAAGGUUCAUUCAUCGUGAUCAUCAUGUUAAAGGUGAAAAAUCAUUCAAAGAUCAUUGUUCAUUAAAUACAAACAUUCGAUUAUAUCCAUCCUCAGAUGAUAUAGUGAAUGGCGUAUGUGCAGCAUUAGGUGGUAUAUCUUGGUUUCAACCUUUCAAUGAUAAUUAUAUAAAUAAAGAAAAACAUCAACCAAUAAGAAACCAUUCAGUGAUCAGACAUACCAAAUUAAAUGAUCAUUCUGACUUGAAACAUAAUCCAAAAUCAUUCAAGGAAUUUCAUUUGAAUAGUAAACGUUUACAUAUUUUAAACAAACCACACAAUGUACAUACUUCUAAGAUCUCAUAUUGUAUGACAACUAAUAAUAAAGAUCUAAAAACUGAUCAUAAUGAAGUGAAUGAUAUUUGUUCAUGUCAAUGUUAUAUGGAAGAAUCUCCUGAUAUAAUAAAUGAUAAAAAUCAAGAACAAACUGUAACAUCGAAAUCACUGGUAGAUAUACAAUGUACUAAACUUCACCAUAUGGAGAAUACAACACCACUACUACAUACCGUGGACAAAUCGGCCCACGAAGAGAAAUCCAAUAGCUUGUCAAAUCCAAAAAUAACUUAUGAAAUUAGCGAUAAUCUUGAUGGUUGUACAGAUAUUCAGGAUAUAUUUCGAAAAAAAAUGUCAUCAUGGAUAUCACGAAGUGAAGAACGUCAAAGACGUCUACGUUUUAUUAUUCAGGAACGUCGUUAUAGAAAAGAAGGAGAUAUGAAACGAACUGAAGUCUUACAUUCAGUUGUAUCAAAUAAUUUUUCAAAAAGACCAUCUAUAUCUCACUUGGAUCAGUCAUAUAAAAAUCACUACGGUAAUAGAAUUCAUUCAAAUGGUGAUAGUGGAAUUUGUUGCUUUGAUCGUUCAGAUUGUUCAAUUGUUCAAUCUGUACUAACAAACAGAAAUAAUAGUAAUAAUUAUAUUAAAACAGCUAAUUCUGACAAGGUUCUUAAACGUAAUUUCAUGAAAAAUCCCAGUCGAAAAUCACAACUUGGUGUUAGAUAUGAUCGAAAACAGUUAAUACAAGAAGAACAUCGACCUAGAUUAUAUCAUAAUUCUAUACAGAACCAAGUUAAUCAACAAAAGAUUAAAUUGGCCCAAUUACGUGUUAAUCGACUCCGAAUGAAAAUAUACAGUGAAAAAAUUCUACGUUCUGUACUUCAUGGUAAUUCAUCGUCAAUAAUAUUUAAAGAAAUUUGAUAGAAUCGCAAUUUUGACAUGUUGGAGAAGAUUUAUAACUCAGAUGGAUGAUUUUGAUGGAGUAUUUUUGUUUCUCUGAGAUAGAUGAUUUGAUUGUGGAGUAUUCAUUGUUCUUCUAAACAACAUCAUCAACAACACAAACUUCAAGUACAAGUGAAGUGUUCGAAUUGUGUUGAUGAUUAUCGUUGAAAAGAACGAUGAAAUCUUCAUGACCAAACCAUCCACCAGCUCAAAGAACAAUACUCUAUCAUAAUCGCGAUUGAAUGUCCUAAUAUAUAUAUAUAUAUAUAUAUAUAUAUAUAUACAUUAUAUUUGAAGUAAUGCUUGAAAUGAUUAGUAAUGAGAAACAACUUUUACUGUAAUUUAAUGUUAACAUUUUACUAGUUUUGUCUUGUUAACUUUUAUUUUUAAUGGUUUCGGAUGAUUUUAACUUUAUUAACAUAAAAUGCCAUUCACCAUUUCAUUCAUCCCUGUGUCAUAAUUAUGAUUUAUAAGCUGCUUGAAUUAGUUUCAAUAUAACUUUUUAAAUAAACUUGGUUCAUCAACUUUCAAUUGUAUUUUCACACGUAUCGUACUAUUCAGUAUGAAAUUUGUUACCUUGUUUUCAAUAUAAAUUGAUUGUACUAUUUAA